GGGCAAAGAGCUUCUGUGUGUGUGAAGAUGGCGGCGGCCGCUGCUGCUCGAAGCGUCGGGGCAAAUCUGGCACUUCGGGAGGUUCGCAUCCACUUAUGUCAGCGCUCGCCGGGUAGCCAGGGCGUUAGGGACUUCAUCGAGAAGAAGUACGUGGAGCUGAAGAAGACGAAUCCCGACCUACCCAUCCUAAUCCGCGAGUGCUCCGAUGUACAAGCCAAGCUCUGGGCCCGCUACGCAUUUGGCCAAGAGAAGAAUGUCUCCUUGAACAACCUCAGUGCUGACCAGGUCACCAGAGCUGUGAAGAACGUGCUGCACGGCCAAGUCUGAAACCUCGACUGAGGGUUAAGAGCUGCAGCCCAAGCCUGGGCUCUACUGGACUGAGUACAAUAUGGAAAGACACAUUUCCCUGCUCUCUAUGAAGUUUGUGCUGUAAAAUGCUGUCUCAAAAUGCCCUCUUCCUCACUCCCCUACCCCUUACUGUUCAAUCAUUGAGGCAAGACAUUGUAAUAUAAAAAUAAAUCUUUAUUCUGUCCCA